GGUCAGAAUAAUCAGAUGCCUGAGCUGGGAUGGGCUGACAGGAGUUCUUCUGUUUCUGAGGAGAUUCUCUCAGAUGGAACAGAAGUUGUCUCCCCUCCAUCACCUUCACCAGGUUGGAUGAUGUUCUGUCGCUGCUGCUUCGUCCUCAUUCUGCUCUUCACUUGGUCCUCGGCUCACAAUGACUUCUUCACCUCCAUCGGUCAGAUGACGGACCUGCUGUUCAUGGAGAAGGACCUGGUCUCCUCCCUGAAGGACUACAUCAGAGCUGAGGAGCACAAACUGGAGCAGAUCAAGAAGUGGGCUGACAGACUGGACGUUCUCUCCUCUGCUGCCACUCAGGACCCUGAAUGUUUCCUCGGACAUCCAGUAAACGCUUUCAAACUGAUAAAGAGACUGAACACGGAGUGGAGGGAGCUGGAGAGUCUGGUGCUAACAGACAUGUCUGACGCGUUCAUCUCCAACCUGACCAUCCAGAGGCAGAACUUUCCCAACGACGAUGACCAGACCGGAGCAGCUAAAGCUCUGAUGAGGCUUCAGGACACCUACCAGCUGGACACCAACAUCAUCUCCACUGGAGAGCUGCCAGGCUCGUCGUCGGUUGCCUCCCUGACGGUGGACGACUGCUUCGAUGUGGGGAAGGUGGCAUAUUUGGAGGCUGAUUACUACCACACCGAGCUGUGGAUGGCACAGGCCCUGAAGCAGCUGGAUCAGGGAGAAACGCCCGGCCUUGUGGACACCGUCAAUGUCCUGGACUACCUGAGCUCCUCUGUCAACAAGCAGGGGGAGGUGGAGAGGGCGCUGAACUUCACCAAGAGGCUGCUGAAGCUUGACCCAACACACCAGCAAGCCAACAGGAACCUGAAGCACUAUGAGUAUCUGCUGUCUGAACAGAAGGUCAAGGCGACGGAGGAGGCUGAGGGGAGGCAGAGGAGGGAGAGUCGAGGUCGAACUGAUGAUUUCCUGAAGUACGAGCAGCUGUGUCGAGGAGAAGGCAUUGGGAUGACUCCCCGCAGGCAGAGCCGCCUCUUCUGCCGUUACUACGACAACAACCGCCACCCGAGGUAUGUGAUUGGUCCGGUGAGGCAGGAAGACGAGUGGGACCACCCCCGCAUCGUCCGCUACCACAACAUCAUAUCGGACAAAGAGAUGGAGAAGGUCAAAGAGCUGGCCAAACCCAGGCUGCAUCGAUCCGGGGUCAUCGGUAUGAAGACGUCCCACUUCCGCAUCAGUCAGACCGCCUGGCUCAAAGCGUACGAACAUCCAGUGUUGGAUAAAAUCGACCAGAGGAUCGGAGACAUCACCGGCCUGGACGUCACCACGGCUGAGGACCUGCAGGUUGCUAACUAUGGCAUCGGAGGACAGUGUGAACCUCACUUCGACUUUGCACAGAAACACGAGUUGUAUGCAUUCGAGGAGUUGGGAACGGGGAACCGGAUCGCCACCUGGAUGUUUUACAUGAGCGACGUGCCGGCAGGGGGCGCCACUGUCUUCACCGAAGUCAGCGUCACCAUCUGGCCCAUAAAGGGGACGGCCGUGUUCUGGUACAAUCUGUAUCCCAGUGGAGAAGGAGACAAUCGGACCCAACACGCUGCCUGUCCGGUUCUGGUCGGGAGCAAGUGGGUUUCCAACAAAUGGAUCCAUGAACGAGGGCAGGAGUUCAGGCGACGCUGUGGCCUCCAGGAGACUGACUGACCACCAACCCGCCUUCAUCUUCCUCCUCCAUCUUCCUCUGAGCUCCUGAGUGUGACUGCACAUCUUCUACAUGUUUAUUUUUUUCUGGGCUGUGUGUUGGGGUAUGUUUGUUUAGUCAGGAUUCAUGGAAAUCACUGCCUUUAUCAGGUUUAUUCGCCAAUAUUCAGACGUCUGCACAUCCCAGCCAGUUUUCCAUGUCGGAAACAAAGAACGCUGCAGAAAGAAUGGAUUCAGGGAGUAAAAUUAGAGUGUUUUAAUCCGAUCCGUCGCAGCAACAAGCAGGAAAUACAUCAAAUUAAGCUUCUUCGGAGAAACCAGCUGCUCUAUACCAGAUUUAGCAAUUACUUCCAUUUUUAAAGUCCAGUAAUUAAAUUUAAAUUAAGUUAAAAAAUUCAUCCUCUGUUGGAUCCAUUCAGUCGUUCUGAUCUGAUGAACCUAUUCUGUCUGAGUUCUCACCAAGUUUCAUGGCUGUAGGAGUUUAAUUUCUGGAGAUAUUGAACCUUUAAAACAGCUUAUCGGGUGUUUUUUGAGAGGGAAGAUCCCCAAAUUCUCAGGUUUGAAAACAUAAAAUUCUCCAAAUUCAGCCAAAAUAUUUGCCAGAACUUAGUUUUGGAUCCCAAAGAACAAAUAGAUAAACUCUGUAUUCUGAAAUGAUACCAAAAUCCCACUGUAAACACUGAAUUUACAAUAGCAACAGAUGGUUUUAAAUAUUUAGGCAUUGAAAUUACUGAACAAGAAUCAAAUAGUUGCUGCAAAUUAUAACCCCCGGAGAAGAUUUUACAGAAGUCGAUGGUCUAAUUUACCCAUAUCCACAAUAAGGCGAAUAAAUAUCAUACAAAUUACAAUUUUGGUGACAUUUUUAUAUUACUUUCAGACACUUCCCUUGCCAUUACCACCUUCUUUCUUUGAUAGCUUAAAUAAGGUAUUUCGCCAAUUCAUUUGGAAUAAUAGGAAAGCAAGACUACGCCUUAAAAUACUAUAUCUGCCCUAUGAAAGAUGGGGCCUACAAAUUCCAAGUUUAAGAUGGUCCUCUAUGGCAGCCCAGCUGACAUCAUUACUUUUACGCAAAAUCACCUCCAUCCAUCCAUUAUCUAUACACCGCUUAAUCCUCACUAGGGUCAUGGGGGGGCUGGAGUCUAUCCCAGCUGACUCAGGUGAAGGCAGGGGACACCCUAGACAGGUCGCCAGUCUGUCGCAGGGCUACACACAAAGACAAACAAGCACUCUCACAUUCACACCUACGGGCAAUUUAGAAUAAUCAAUUAACCUCACCAUAUUUUUGGACUGUGGGAGGAAGCCGGAAUACCCGGAGAGAACCCACGCAUGCACAGGGAGAACAUGCAAACUCCAUGCAGAAAGAUCCCGGGAAAGCCGGGACGUGAACCAGGGACCUUCUUGCUGCAAGGCGAAAGUGCUAACCACUACGCCACUGUGCAGCCCCAAAAUCACCUCCAGCUUGGGUAAAUAUUGAACAACAAUCUAUUCCAGAAUUACCCAUAUGCAAUUAUCUUUAUUCUGCAGAUUUAUAUAAACUGAAAAAACAAACAAAAAAACCCUUCUUGAAAAAUACUACUGUUAUAUGAUACAUAUGGUAACUACGUCCCAGUUUACCCCUCUAUGGAAUAAUGAUCAGUUUCUAUCCGGCAGAAAAGAUGGAGGAUUUAAACUAUGGAAAAUCGAGGGCAUCCAGGCAGUUAAGGAUCUGUAUGUUGAUGGAAAACUGCUUACAUUCAGUGAACUGUCUGAAAAAUAUCCACUUCCGCCAGAACACUUUUACAAAUAUCUGCAGGUUAAAAACUUUCGCCAUCUAGGUCUAAAGAAACGACGUGAAUACCUGAAUUAUCAUUAAUUGAGCAAAUGGGAAAACAGGGAGAGAAAGGCCUACUGUCUAAAUUUAUAAUCAAAUUAUGUCACACUCCACUGAACGCAUGAAUAAAUGACAUACAGGAAGACAGAUGAAACAGACUGGAACAAGGCCUGUCUGAAGGCCCAAAAACAAAACAUAGUAUAAAUGGUUAAGAUAAGAUAAGAUAAGAUAAGAUAAGUUCUUUAUUUCUCCCCACGCCAGGGGAAAUUUACAUUGUUACAGCAGCUUAUGUAGCAAUAGACAUAGUAAUAGGAAUAAAACAAUAAUAGAACAGUAGUAAUAAUAUUUACAAUAUAUACAGGGGUGAGAGAUGAGGAUGAAAUAGUACAGUAUUGACACACUGUAAGACAAUGACAGUAUAAAGUGGCUUAAAAAAAAUAAAGUUUAAAAGUGCAAAGAUGUA